CUCGGGAUCCCGUCCGCUCUCCCUUAGAUAAGCUGGAUACUGCCAGAUUAGUAGUUGGGUCGGUGACGACCAGCGAAUCCCUGGUGUUGUAUGUUUUUGCCUCUUUUUUUUUUCUUUUUCCAUUGCGGCUCCACUGAGGGGGUGGAGGCUCGGCGCCAAGGCGGGCGCCAUAGUCGGCGUCGUCGUUGUCGGGUGGAGACUGGCCCGGGGCGGGAGUCGACGUCGGCCGGAUGGCCCUACCGCCGUGCGGGAGCAGGGGCGUCUGUCGAAUGUGGACUAUGGAUGUUGCAAAUGGGCUCCGUCCAGGAAAUUCGAUACUACGACUCCAGGUCAUCUCGAGCAUAUGCUGGUGGUCGUUCGGAUUCGAAUGUGAGCAGGCUUGUUGUCGGGGAGGAGAGCUACACCUGUAAGUCACUGGGCUAAGGAAAUACAGGGGUUUACCGUAAGGUUUCACGUAAGAUACAGUCAUCGGCUUCCGGGUAACUUAGAGUAACG